AUGGUAAAUGAUCUCAUACCGGCUACAGACCUUGUCAAAUUCGUCGACGAUUCCACAACCUGGGAAGUUCUGCACAGAGACUCUCAAUCCAAUCUCCCCUCAGCAGAAUUAGCAGAAACUGUAUGUUGUUUUCUGGACAAGCAUAAAACACACCUUUUGGUGGGUUACCGUAACGCACAGUGUGUGUUAUUUGAACACAGCAAAAGAUGCGUUGUUUUCUGAACAGAAAAGUUGUGUUAUUCCAACACACCUAUUUUUUAGAGUGUACGAAGCGUGCGAUGACCUUGGUUCAUCAUUACGGAUCUGCCUGUUAGACUUUUCGAAAGCCUUUGAUCGGGUCGAUCAUAACGUCUUUCUGAGAAAACUUCAACUAAUGGCCGUACACCCAGUUCUCAUUAAUUGGAUUGCCGACUUCCUGUCUAACAGAUUACAGAGGACAAAGAUUGGUCAAACUACUCUGCUUGGAAGUAUAUUCAAGCUGGCGUUCCACAGGGAACAAGACUUGGUCCCUUACUUUUUUUAAUCAUGGUAAAUGAUCUCAUACCGGCUACAGACCUUGUCAAAUUCGUCGACGAUUCCACAACCUGGGAAGUUCUGCACAGAGACUCUCAAUCCAAUCUUCCCUCAGCAGAAUUAGCAGAAACUGUUUCGCUUUAUCUUCUACUGAAGAAAAUUUUGUGUGGCAGUUUACUAGGUUAUGAAACUAAAUAG